AUGUCCCGUCGUGUGUUUACUUCCGCGGUGCUGCUCCUCCUCUUCGUUAUGAUGUGCUGCGGCAGUGGAGCUGCCCCCACUGAGGCGAGUAAUUCAGGGAAAAGAAUCAUCUUUCAAGUAAAUGAAUCAUUUUCUGAUUCAUGGAACGAAUCUUUGGUACAAGCGUUUCAUUCGUUCCGUGCACCCUCUCUUGCUUACGUGAGUGGUUUUGUUGUGGCCACUGUUGAAGCGCAUUACAAAAACUCCACGGAUCAAAAAUCGUGCGUAAGUAUCGCUGCAAAGUCGAUGAUAAGCAGUGGAGGGACGUGGACAAAUGGAACUGCCGUCGUGUUUGAUCAUUACGACGUGAAAAUUGACCGCCUGUUGAGCCCACUACCAUUGCGAAUGGUAAUAGUUAUGAUACAAAUGCU